AUGGGUUACCCGAAUUUAUUUUCUGCACUGGUUGCACAUAACACACAACUUGUUCAUCUGAAAGUAGACAACGACAAUUUAUUAGAAAUAGCCGUCAAAGGAACAGAUGACAGUGUAGCGUCUCCAAGAGAAGGUAACAUCGCUGUUGGCAAUAUAAUACUAGAAAAUGGUUUCGAUUUAACCAAAGAUGGUUAUGACACACCUCUUGGUGAUAUUUUGGACGUAGCAUGCGAUGAGGAAAACUAUAAAAUUGACUUGGAUGUGAAUCUUAAAAACGACGAAGGUCUAACUGCGCUUCAAAUUGCGGCUCAAUUUCGUGUUUUCGGAGUAGUAGAAAUAUUGAUGAAGAGAGGAGCUGAAGCAGAUAUUGUGGACCCACGUGGCAACAACCCUCUGCAUUUUGCAUCAAUGUUGUGGAUAGAUAAUCGAACUAUAAUAAAACUGUUCAUUGAUAAAGGUGUGGAUGUUAAUGUUCAAAAUGAAAAUGGGUUGACGCCUCUACAUCUAGCUUGGAAGCAAUGCAAUUUUUGGAAUACGGAAGUGCUCUUAGAGUGUAACGCUUGCGUAGAUGCAUUAGACGAAGACAACAACAGUGCGCUACACUAUAUAAAUAAAUAUAAAUAUAAAUAG